AUGGCUGUCGAGCAGAUGGCUCAAUGCAAUGGCCCAGGACCCCUCGUCAGACCAAAGCCUAAGCUGCGCCCAGUGACCAAGGCAGCACCAACUGCAAACCCCAACAAGAUGUCUGUUGGGGCAAAAAUGGUAUCCCAAAGCACUGACGCCCCAAAGAAGAAAUAUCCAGGCUUGAAACUUACCUUCAAGGAUGGUGUCAAUGCCAGUUGA